UGAUAUUUUGCUCGACUUCUUUCUUUUGCGUGUUUAUUGGUGGGUGAAAAAAGACACACAUCAGUAGUCGACUUUCCCACGUUCAAUCACCGAGGGUAAUAGUGUGCAUCGGAGUGAACUACUGUCACGUCUAAUCAGAGCUGGAAAGGUUCAUCAGCAAUCUGAUUUGCCCUCUUUUCCCCUCUCUUCUCUUUCUCUCUCUCUCUCUCUCUUCCAAUGUGAAUGAUCAGUUACUUUCCCCUGUGUCCCCUUUUCGGCGAAAAGCAGAGCGGUUCAUCACGUUAGCCUCAUAGUGCAUGUCUCAAAUGAUAGUAGAGGAGGAGGAGAAAGAAAGUGAGGAGGAAAAAGAAGGAUGGAGCGAACAGAAUGAGAGGGAGAGCAGGAAACUGGAACACGCCCUGGCAGAGAUCUGGAGCGGAAUCAACUUCCUCCAUGAUGCUUUAGACUCCAUCAUGGAUCUGAUCCGAAACCAGAGGAAUUUGGAGGGAUAUGUGGGAUUUGCCAACCUGCCCAACCAAGUUUACCGCAAAUCAGUCAAAAGAGGCUUCGAGUUUACACUCAUGGUUGUAGGUGAGUCUGGAUUGGGCAAAUCGACGCUCAUCAACUCGCUCUUUCUGACCGACCUGUACUCCAAAGACUAUCCCGGACCUUCCCAGAGGAUCAAAAAGACAGUGCAGGUGGAGCAGUCCAAAGUGCUGAUUAAGGAGGGGGGAGUGCAGCUCACACUCACCAUAGUGGACACACCAGGGUUCGGUGAUGCUGUGGACAACAGCAACUGUUGGCAGCCGGUGAUCAACUACAUCGACAGUAAAUGCGAGGACUUCCUGAAUGCAGAAUCACGUGUCAACCGGAGACAAAUGCCAGAUAACCGAGUGCACUGCUGCCUGUACUUCAUCGCCCCCUCUGGUCACGGCUUAAAGCCUCUGGAUAUCGAGUUCAUGAAGCGUCUACACGACAAAGUCAAUGUCAUCCCGCUCAUCGCGAAGGCCGACACGCUCACACCGGAGGAGUGCCAGCAGUUCAAGAAACAGAUUAUGAAAGAGAUUCAAGAGCACAAAAUUAAGAUUUACGAGUUUCCCGACACAGAGGAGGACGAGGACAGCAAACUCAUCCGCAAGAUAAAGGAGCGGAUGCCUCUGGCUGUAGUGGGCAGCAACGUGGUGGUCGAAGUGAACGGCAGGAAGGUCCGAGGGCGUCAGUACCCCUGGGGUGUGGCAGAAGUGGAGAACGGCGAGCACUGUGACUUUACUGUCCUACGAAACAUGCUCAUCAGAACUCACAUGCAAGACCUGAAGGACGUGACUAACAACGUGCACUACGAGAACUACCGCAGCAAGAAGCUGGCCGCAGUCACCUGCAAUGGAGUGGACGCCAGCAAGAGUAAAGGCCAACUGACCAAGAGCCCACUGGCUCAGAUGGAGGAAGAGCGGAGGGAGCAUGUGAUGAAGAUGAAGAAGAUGGAGGGAGAAAUGGAGCAGGUGUUUGAGAUGAAGGUCAAAGAGAAGAAACAGAAACUGAAGGAUUCUGAGGCUGAGCUGGAGAGGAGACAUGAGCAGAUGAAGAGGAACCUGGAGGUGCAGUAUAAGGAGCUGGAGGAGAAGAAGAGGCAGUUUGAGGAGGAGAAGGCAAACUGGGAGGCACAGCAACGUCUGCUGGAGCAGCAGAAACUCGACGCCUCCAAAACCAUGGAGAAGAACAAGAAAAAAGGGAAAAUCUUUUAAUGAGGUCAGCGUCCUUUCCCUCUGCUUCAGUACCACACGCUCCUUUUUAAACUCCCUGCUCGCAUGAUUAUGACCCCCAGAUUGCACAUAUAUGCCCCCCCCACACACACACACACCCACACACACAAGUCACACACUUACUUAACUUGCACCCACAUUUGUUGUGGAACAUUCCAGACGCAUGAUUUUAUUUUAUUUUUGUAGAUUAGUAUCACAGCUCUGUAACUCUGGUUAAGUGAUGUGAGGCGCCCUCUUGUGGACCCCGACUGUUACUGCACUCACUGCUGUGCGUAUCCUAGGUAUUAAUGACGAAGAGGAUUUAAUUUACUAGUUCUCUGAUAGCUGAUAGCAAGCCUGGUCAUUCUGUUUCAAACACACACACACACACACACACACACACACACACACAUAUAUCCCGUUCUCAAAACCUGGAACUAUGCGUAUGUACUCAGGAGACCUGAGCUUUAAUAUUGACCCAAUUUGAUCAUGUAGACAGGUGUGUGUGUGUGUGUGUGUGUGUGUGUGUGUGUGUGUGCGCGCGAACAUAUAGUAUAGAUGUACAUAUUAGAGCCCUAGACAAGCUCACAUUGACUUUAGUCAUGUUUUUCAAAGAUAUUUCUUAAAUCUGUGCUAUUAAAGUACAUAUUUUAUCUUGAUAUGGUAUAGUGCAUAUUAAAAAAAGAAAAUUCAAAGUCACUGCAUCGUCACGUUUAAUUACAUACAAGUAAAUUUUAUUUGUAAAUCUACUCCUUCUACAACGGUGACUUUUUUUUAAAGCAUUACUUGCUUUAAUAAAUCUCCCUAAAUACAUACAUAGACAAAUAUAAAAGGGUAAGCUGUCUAGCUAAUGUGUUUGCAGAGAAAAUUGCCUAGCUAGCUUUAGCUAAUCAUCUUUUGAGUAAUGUAAGUUUUAAAACAAUGAAAAAUUCAUUUACUAUCAUGUUCUAUUAACCAAGAAAAAGCUAUAGAUGGAGAGAGCGAGAGAUUACCUUGAAUAUGACAAAUGUAUGUAAUAUUUCUAAUUAUGAGAUGAGUAUAAAUCAAAUAUAUCAUUUUCAACCUGUUUUAAGUGCUUUUACUCUGUUAAAGCUUUAAAUCUUCUUAUAAUUUUGGCAGAUUUGUUUGUUUCUUUAUUGAAAGCAUUUUCUAAAAUUAGGAAAUAAUGAUUGAUCUGCCUAUUCAAGCUUAAUAAUCUGUAGAAAUAGUUUUAAUGCAGUAUAUUUGGUUUAUUGUAAUUUUAUAAUAGGAAAUAUUAACUACAUUUGAUUACAUGUAAAAUAUUUUCAUUGGCUAAGUUUCUUUUUUUCUCUCUCUUUUUUUAAGUUGCUCUAAUAUGUACAGUUUAUCUGUAGUGUGUCGGUCCGUUCUGACGUUUUUUCUGCUUUUUCGGAGACAGAAACCGGAACAAAGGGGCUUGAUGGACAGCUAAGAGGCGCUAAGAUUAGCUUCAGCUGGACGAAAGAGAGUAUUUACAGUAGUGCAGGCAGAUACUUGCAAAACACACACACACACACACACACACACACACACACACAUUCAUAUACACUCACAAACCCACACACAGCUGCUAACGUCAGCUAGUGAAUCCGAGGAAUUUGUAAUCAGUAUUGGUGCAUUUGUCUGUACAGUUACACACACAUACACACAAACACAGAUAUCCACUAUGCAAACGUAAACAGUUCUUCCGGCUAUCAGUUAGCGAAUGCUCACACUUGCAAAAAAAAAAAAUCUCAGAAGAACUAACACCUAACAUUUCCUCAACUUUUAACAAUAGAACCCAACAUCAAUCCCCCCAACACACACACACACACACACACACACACACACACACACAGACACACACACACUUUUGUUUUUAUAUGUAUUCUGUUUUCAUCAUAAUGUUUUUUUUUCCCUUGCAUUUUAUGAUUGUCUAUUCUGUCCAUCCUAACUGUACAUUAUUACUAUUAAAGAUGAGACGGUGAUGCUAAAUUCA